GUUGUUGUUGUGUUUUAACAACAACAAUUGAGUAAGCGUAAGUCGCCUAAGUGUUGUUGAUCAAGAUAAUUCAGAUGAUUCCUUAGCGAUUCACCAUUGUAUUUGUAACACUCAAUUUUGAUUCCAUUGCAAACAAUCUCACCUAAUCGUUGAUAAUCAUUAUCCUCAUCAUUAUCACCAGUAAUCAUCAUCAAGCUAAUCAUUGUCACCUUUACAACUUGCACCUUACCAUUGACCAUUGGAAUGAUGGAGAGUCCACUUGAUGUUAGUUUUUGUGGAACCAAGAAAAGCUCUCCGUUAAUCGAGCAAAGUGACCUAAGCAAUGGUGAAGCCAACAAUUGUUCACCUGCCGAUGUCAACAGUAAAUCCUUUAGUAUAAGUCGUCUUUUAUCAUCACCCAAAUCGUCAUCAUUCAGUGUUGGCCUCAGCUCACAUGAUACGCUGGUUAAAGGUUUUGAUAAUUUGAUUGGCAACAACCACGACACCAACAACACCAGCAACACUCACACGACCAACACCAAUGGUCAUCACAAUGAAACAAAUGGCAACUUGAAUGCAACCAAUUUUUAUCAUCAUUACCUUAAUCAUCCUUUAAACGAUUCAAUGUUGAAAUUUUGUGAUUUUCAUCCUCAUCAUCAUUCCUUUUAUCAGCAUCACUUUAACCAUCCCAACAUGAGACAUGGAAAUAUCUUUAAACACAUUUCAGCUCAUCAAUCAGGAGCCAUUGGAAGCGGAGUUAUGGGCAAAACUCGUCGACCUCGAACCGCAUUCACUAGUCAACAAUUAUUAGAAUUAGAGAAUCAAUUUAACACCAAUAAAUACUUAUCUCGUCCAAAACGGUUUGAAGUUGCAACCAAUCUCAUGUUAACAGAGACUCAGGUUAAAAUAUGGUUCCAGAAUCGACGGAUGAAAUGGAAACGAAGUAGGAAAGCUUUAGAAGGAUCAUCAAAAUUAAAAGGAACCACAACAGCUGCUCAUAUUAAUGAAUCUUCAUCAUCUGAUUGCGGUAAGGGCGAAGUAAAAUCAAAUGGAAUCAAAGCAAAUGUUGAUAACCUUAUGGCAUCCACAUCAUCUUCAUCUGGAUAUGAUAUGAAACCUGAUAAACGUUUAAUCGACACUGGGUCACCCAAUGGCUCAAGAAUGAUACCAAAUUCACCUCAAUCACCGGCUUCAUCAUCCAACUCAUCUUCACCCUCUGCAUCAUCCAUUUCAUCUUCACUUUCAUUUCCAAUUAAUCCUGUUAACCAGCAACAAACAACCUGUUCGGGAAAACAGUUGUCUUCACCCACAGCACCAACAACCUGGCCAGUAAACCUGAAUCGUCACAUAAGCGAUUGUAAUCGGAAUGCAAGUUUAAUCAAUCCCAUUAGCCACAAUAAGCAACUUCAAGAUCCUUUUUACAGGCCUUAUGUGUCUUGAGUAUCCACCAUCUAAAUCAACAAUCAUUAACCAUUGACCAUUAAAUCACCGCAUCAUUGAAAAAAACUGUCAACACACACACACACACAAUUUUAAUGAUCAAAACACUAUCGAAAUCAUUUCCAUUUGCUCUUUAACUUGAUCUCAAUUUUUGCAAGCUUUAACAUUGACAUUUAAUAAGAAAGCCAACUCUAACUUUAAUCUAUAAUCAAUUUGAUUGCAAUUUAAUUCUUUUGAUUAACUUAUAAAAAUUAAAAGUAUAAUUAAAAUCAA